AACCACCAGAGUGCACUACUACUUAACCAUUUGAGGCUCCUAACAGUGUUUUGAGAAUGAUGAGAAUCAGAAUACCUUCAUUCGUCCCACAGGGGACAUUUACAAUGUUACAGCAAAAGUGAAGAGCCAAACAUAGCAAAAUAUUAAUUAGGAGGCAUGCAUGAAGAUGAAAACAGAAAUUAUUACACACAUUUACAAAAAUAAUGAUAGGCAAUAGAUUUUUAAUUUUGUAUAAGUAUAGUAUGUAUAAAGUAGUGUGAUAGCAACGUAGUUCAAGUGGAAGUAUACUGUAUAUAUUAUGAGGUAGUAUAAGGUAUCCUGCAUUGUUUGCCAUGGUGCUAUUUUGUGUGGGUCCCUCUCUGUUUCCAGUGCAUUAGUCCCUGGUCAGAUGUACACGGUGGAUGUGUUGACUCAAAGUGGAAUCAGACCGGAUGAAUUUCCCUCCACCAGCCACUCAGCUGGACCCCUGCAGUUCUGGACACGGCCUCUCCCCCCACAGAACCUCUCCCUGUCACAUGUGACCACUAACUCAGCACUGAUCACCUGGAGCCGCUACCCGAGAAACGUCCCAGAUGGCUUUGUGGUCAACGUGACCCGAGGGUUGAACACGAGGAGUCGCUUCCUGCCCAAUGGGAAGCUGGGAUCAUAUACCCUGCGUGAACUGACUCCAGGACAGCAGUACCAUGUGGCUGUAACGUCGGUGAAAAGCACAGCGCAGGAACAGAUCCACAGUGUACACCAACACCUAGCCUUUACUACCUUGCCAAUAGGUGAAAUAUCAGAGAGAAGAAAGAGGCCAGCCGGGAAUGGACAGGGGGCUCAUGUGGGACACACACUUCCCCCAUCUCAGCCCCAGGACCUGGGGGCUACAACAGAAACAGAGAACUCAAAGGAGCUGCCUAGAUACACAGAGCUCAUUGACAGAAGGGGAAAGAUAACAGCUAAGUUUACUCACCUGCCUCGAAAAGCCGUUCGACAUCGCACCAUGUGCCAGAGAGUGCCUCACACCUGCACCCGCCUGUACUCUGAGACCAAGAGUGUGCCUGUGUGGGAGGACGGAGUGUGCCACUACCUGUGA